GUGGUGGUUGGAGGAGUUGCUCCCAAUCUCUCCACUGUAGAAGGAAACUGGGAGAGAGAAGAGCCAGAAGAGGGCUUAGGGGAAAGUUGUGGAAGGAGGUGAUAAGGGCCUGUGUCCGGGAGGGAGACUGUUCCCCAGGUCACAGAGUCCCCUAUCAGGCUGGCAUUUCCUCUCCGUCCCCACCCCCUUCCUGCCUUCCCUGGAGCUGGAAGAGAGAAGAACCGAGUCACACCCUGGAAGAAGCCCUGUGCCUUCAGAGGUCUUUCUGCCUGCCUGUCCCCAUGCCUCUCCUCCUUCUGCUGCUCCUGCUGCCAAGCCCUUCACACCCCCAAUCCAUCUGUAACGUCUCUGAAGUGGCCAAGGUGGAAGUGAACUGUGAUAAGCGGGGGCUGAAGAAGCUGCCUCCAGAUCUGCGAAACGACACAGACAUCCUCCACCUGGAUGAGAACCCCCUGGGCACCUUCUCUACGGCGUCCCUAGUGCCUCUGAUUCGCCUCACUCAGCUGUACCUGGUUAAAUGCCAGCUGACCAGCCUGCAGACUGACGGGACGCUGCCACUGCUGGAUACCCUGGAUAUAUCCCAUAACAAGUUGAAAAGCCUGCCCUUGCUAGGACGAGCGCUGCCAGCACUCACUACCCUGGAGGUCUCCUUCAACGAGCUGACCUCCUUGUCUCCUGGUGCCCUGGAUGGCCUGAGCAAACUCGCUGAGCUCUCCCUGCGUGGCAAUAAGCUGAAGACUCUGCCCCCUGGGCUCCUGGGGCCCACAGCCCAGCUGAAGCAGCUCAAUCUGGCUGACAACGAGCUGCAGGAGCUGCCCCCUGAGCUCCUGAAUGGGUUGGAAGAACUCAACACCCUCUACCUCCAAGGGAACUCGCUGCACACGAUACCAAAGGACUUCUUUGGGAACCUCCUCCUGCCUUUUGUUUUUCUCCACAACAACUCCUGGGAAUGCAACUGCGAGAUCCUCUAUUUCAAGCGCUGGCUAGACCUCAACGACCAAAAUGUCUACUUAUGGAAAAAUGGUACGGAUGUCAAGGCCAUGACCCCCAAUGUGAAAAGUGUACGAUGUGAUGACAAACCCGUCAUCGACUACCCAGGGAAGGACUGCCCCAACUCUUAUGAGAACAGCUUUGACUAUGAUGAAUAUGACAAUGAAGACCAGAAUGGUGGUAAGGUGACUACCACAAGGGCUGUGGUCAGGUUCUCUACUAACACUGAAGUCCAUACUGCAGUCCAUACAACCCACCAAGGCCUACUCUACUCACCAUCUAGUGCUCCUCUACACAGCCAAACGCCCUACUUGACCCCAACCCAAGAGUCCACUAACAAACAGACCACAUUGCCAAAUAUCACGGAAUUCAUCAUAUUCUCCAAAACUUCAAACCCCACUACUGAACCCACCAACAAACAGACCACAUUGCCAAAUAUCACGGAAUUCAUCAUAUUCUCCAAAACUCCAAACCCCACUACUGAACCCACCAACAAACAGACCACAUUGCCAAAUAUCACGGAAUUCAUCAUAUUCUCCAAAACUCCAAACCCCACUACUGAACCCACCAACACACAGACCACAUUGCCAAAUAUCACAGAAUUCAUCAUAUUCUCCAAAACUCCAAACCCCACUACUGAACCCACCACAACCCCAACCACCACAAAACUCACCUCAGUCUCUGCUACCUUAGAACCCAUCUCUGAAUCUGAAAUCUUGAAGGUCCAUGAGGCGGCUCAAGAGAAUUUAGAUAGCUCCAGAAAUGACCCUUUUCUCAACCCUGACUUUUGCUGCCUUCUCCCCCUGGGCUUCUACAUUUUGGUUCUCCUCUGGCUCCUGUUUGCCUCUGUGAUCCUCAUCCUGCUACUGUGGUCCUCAUCCUGGGUCCAGCACGUGAAACCACAGGCCCUGGACUUUGGUCACUCUGCUGCCCUGGCCACAGCCUCACACACCACACAUCUGGAGCUGCAGAGGGGAAAGCAAGUGACUGUGGCCCGGGCCUGGCUGCUUUUCCAUCGAGGGUCACUCCCCACUUUCCGCUCCAGCCUUUUCCUGUGGGUACGGCCUAAUGGCCGUGUGGGGCCUCUGGUGGCAGGGCGGCGGCCCUCAGCCCUGAGUCUGGGUCGUGGUCAUGACCUGCUGGGUACAGUGGGCAUUAGGUACUCUGGCCACAGCCUCUGAGGGGGGUGGU